CCACAUUUGUUUGCCCAUCACCACUGCAGCGCUGCCUCUUGUAUAACCGCAGUUGUUAACUUAAUAUCGAUCUGUCCUCCAGGAAAACAAACAUCUCUAUUUAACCGAGCACCGGCUGGACACCGGUCCCUCUUUCCUUCGGACCAUCAUGGGGACUAGAUGCAGCUCUCGCCCGCUAAUCCUCUGCGUGGCUCUGGCCGCGGUGCUGGGGUCGGUGCUCGGUUUAGGUGAGGACCUGGACCGGCCUCUGUUCGGGCCUCCUGGCAGUCCCAUCUGGCUGCACGAGUCCGACCCGGGGCUGAAGAAGGCUCUGGAGUUCGCCGAGGAGCGGUACAACCGCGGCUCAAACGCCGUGCACCUCCGGAAAGUCAGCCGCUUCAUCUCCGCCACCAAGCAGCUUGUUAAAGGAAUCCGCUACACAAUGACAGUGGAACUGAGUAACACCCUGUGUAAGAAGGCUUCCAUGCUCAGGACAUGUGACUUUUACCCCGAGUCAGAAAAACUCAAGACGGAGGUGUGCGUGUUUGAGGUGUGGGACAUUCCCUGGCAGGGAACCUCAACUCUGCUCAAACAGAAGUGUGAGCCCAGAGCUGAACCUAAAGCAGAAGAGACCACCAAGGUGGGGGAAGUGCUCACCAGCCAGCCACUGGAGGAAUCUGUGGAGCUGCUGGGCCAGUUUAAAGAGUUCAUGGUUAAAUACAACAAGGUUUACACCAGCCAGAAGGAGGCCGACCGUCGUCUGGCCAUCUUUCAUCAGAACCUCAAGACUGCUGAGAAGCUGCAGGAGUUGGAUCAGGGCUCGGCUGAAUAUGGAGUCACCAAGUUCAGUGACCUAACUGAGGAAGAGUUUCGCUCUACAUAUCUCAACCCAUUGCUGAGUCAGUGGACUCUCCACCGUCCUAUGAAACCAGCCCUUUCUGCCAAAGGUCCUGCUCCUGCCAGCUGGGACUGGCGAGAUCACGGUGCCGUCAGCUCUGUUAAAGACCAGGGCAUGUGUGGAUCCUGCUGGGCAUUUUCUGUUAUAGGUAAUAUCGAAGGCCAGUGGUUCCUAAAAAAUGGAUCGUUGCUGUCACUUUCUGAACAAGAGCUGGUUGACUGUGAUGGGCUGGACCAGGCAUGCAGAGGAGGAUUGCCGUCAAAUGCUUACGAAGCCAUUGAGAAGCUGGGUGGCGUGGAGACAGAGAGUGACUACUCCUACACUGGUCACAAGCAGAGUUGCGACUUUAGCUCCAGGAAGGUGGUUGCCUACAUCAACAGCUCUGUGGAACUAUCCAAAGAUGAGAGGGAAAUUGCAGCCUGGCUGGCUGAGAAUGGACCAGUAUCUGUUGCUCUGAAUGCUUUUGCAAUGCAGUUCUACAGGAAGGGAGUGUCUCACCCUCUGAAGAUCUUCUGCAACCCCUGGAUGAUCGACCAUGCUGUGCUCAUGGUGGGAUAUGGAGAUCGGAGAGGUGUCCCAUACUGGGCCAUCAAAAACAGCUGGGGAGAGGAUUAUGGAGAGCAGGGUUACUACUACCUGUACAGGGGCUCUAAUGCAUGUGGGAUCAACCGGAUGGGCUCAUCUGCUGUAGUCAAUUAAACCAAUAAUAAUAAUACACACACACCUAGACUCACACACACCAUCGCAACACAUAACAUAGCUGCCACGCUCCACACUACUCUAACAUAUACAUUGUAUUCACAGAGCAUGAAGCUCAAUCAAAGUCAUACACGAAUUAAGUCCUGCUGAUGUUACCUAAACUGUUAAACCAGACUAGUGUUCCACCUUCAAAUCUCCAUACCUCUCGCUGCUUAUUAACCUUAUGCACACCAGCUGUACUAAAUAUAGUAAUUUAAUAAUGUGUGUAUUUGAAUGCAUUAAUCAUUGUUGUGUUUGAAAAAAGAUGAUUUAACUAAUCUUACCAGUAACUGAGGCAAAGUUGGAGCUUGUCAGUUUGGGAUUUUUGUAACCAGUGUUUGUGCUAUUGUGUAGUGGCUCAGAGGAUUUUUACGUAGAAUAUUGGGUUGUUGCCAUACACUGAUGUAACAAAAAUGACAUUACUGUAAUUGACAACAUCUGCUGUAAGACUGUAAGGAUAAAUAAUAAAGUGCGGACAGAUUUU